AUGGCUAAGGACAAGAAGGCCAAAUCCGACGGGAAAAAAGCCAAAUUAGAGGAGAAAAAAAAGAAGCAGGUUAAGAAAGGCCAGAAGAAAGAAAAGGCGAAGAAUGCCAAGGCCAAUGAGAGUGAUGCUGAGGAUAUAGAUUUGGACGUCGUGCUCGCUGAGUACACCAGGCAACAAGAGCAAUUUCACAAGGUCUCCGAGACAGCUUGUGAACCGCCCAGAUCGCGGGCUGCCGCUACCAUCAUUCCAUCGCCGGCGAAUACCAACGAACUAUUUCUGUUCGGUGGCGAAUAUUUCAAUGGUGCCUUAGCUACGUUUUUCAACGAUCUUCAUGUAUAUCUCACCGAUCGAGACGAGUGGAGGAUUGUGACGUCUCUGAACACCCCCCUUCCCAGAUCGGGUCAUGCGUGGUGUCGAGGCGGCAACGCCGGUGGAGUUUAUCUAUUUGGUGGAGAAUUCUCGUCCCCAAAGCAAGCGACGUUCUACCACUAUAAUGAUUUUUACAGGCUAGAACCGUCUACGCGUGAAUGGACGAGGCUGGAGUCGCCAAAAGGUAAAGGUCCACCGGCAAGAAGCGGGCAUCGUAUGACGUUCUACAAGAACUAUAUCAUUUUGUUUGGAGGCUUCCAGGAUACGUCUCAGCAAACCAAGUAUCUAGCUGAUCUCUGGCUUUAUGAUACUCAAAGCUUUACUUGGCACAAUCCAGUUUUACCACCGGCCUCUCAGAAGCCUGAUGCACGAUCGUCGUUCAGCUUGCUGCCUCAUGAGAACGGCGCCGUCCUCUACGGUGGAUACUCCAGGGUCAAGGCCACAGUUACAGGAAAACAGACAAAAGGAGGAGGCCAGGUCCAACGAAAUGUUCUGAAGCCGCUAGUCCACACCGAUUCAUGGCUAUUGCGCGUCGUCCCUCCUGCCGCUGGUAGCGCUCCAAAUACGCCUCCCAGUGUACGAUGGGAACGACGAAAGAAGCCUGCAAAUACGCCGAAUCCUCCUCGGGCUGGGGCGACAAUGGCGUACCACCAAGGCCGAGGCAUUGCAUUUGGUGGCGUUCACGAUGUGGAGGAGAGCGAAGAAGGUAUUGAUAGCGAGUUCUUCAAUACUUUAUAUGCUUGGAACAUUCAACGUAACCGCUACUUCCCUCUUACGCUGCGUAAAGCGCGCGCUGCGAAGAAGGUCAAGGUAGCGGAACGCGGAACCAGGCGAGGCAGGGGGCAGGCGAAUGAAGAGGAGUUGCUACGAAAUCUAGCGGCGAUCGAAGCCGGAAAACCAUACGAGGACGCAGAUGACAAGGAAUGGGAUCCUCCCAUCGAAGAAAAAGAAGGAUCUGACAAAGUUGUUAAAGAAAACGCCUCGGAGUUCCCACAUCCAAGGUUUAACGCCCAGCUUGCAGUUCAGAAUGACGUGCUGUACAUCUAUGGUGGCACUUUUGAGAAAGGAGACCGUGAAUAUACCUUCGAUGAGAUGUACGCAGUCGACCUAGGAAAACUGGAUGGCGUUAAGGAGAUCUUUCGACGCGAGCCGGAGAAUUGGCAAGGAAGUGAGGAUGGAGAUAGUAGUGAGGAUGAAGAUGGAAGCGAGGACGACGACGAGUACGACGAGGAUGGCGAACCUGCAGAUGAGAACGUAGAUACCACGGCUCAGGAACACAAGGCAUUGCACAGCGAAUCGAAACGGGAAAACAAUAGGGCUACAGCUGAUGACGACACAAAUUCUGCAACCGUAGAGCCACUAGUCGAGGAAGAAAUAGAAACCAGCGCUCCAGUUGUGGAUGACCCACGGCCCCAUCCACGACCAUUUGAGUCUCGUCGCGAAUUCUUCGUGAGGACGUCGAUUGAAUGGCAGGAAUUGCUUAUGGAAAGUCUGGCGAAGCGUGGCUUGCAAAUUGAAGGUUUCUCUGCCAAAGAGAUCAAGACGAAGGCAUUUGAGAUGUCUGAAGAGAAAUGGUGGGACAGCAGAGAGGAGAUCAUAGCGAUGGAGGAAGAACAAGACGCUGCUGGUAUUGGAGAGGUUGUUACCCUAGCUGACCGUGGUGAUGCGACGGCAACAGGUGCAGCAAGACGACGAUGA